AUGCCUCGCACUCCUUCGCCGGCUCGGAGCCCCCGAAGCCCCUCGCGCUCUCGCUCUCCUCGCUCUCGAUCCCAUUCCCCCAUCGGACCCGACACCGUUCGCGUCACGAAGCUCACGAAGAAUGUCACGACCCUGCACCUGGAAGAGAUCUUCGACGUCUACGGGCGGAUCCUCGACAUCGACUUGCCGAUCGUCCAGCGACUCGGGACACACAAGGGAACGGCGUGGAUCACUUUCGCCUCGCCAGCUGCCGCCGCGAAGGCAGCCGACUACAUGGAUGGCGGGCAGAUUGAUGGGUCUAUCGUGACGGUGGUGCUUGACGAGGCGUCCCCGCCGCCACGAGGAGGAGGAGCGAAGCGCGCGUCCGUCUCUCCGUACCGAAGGGGCGGCGGGGCCAGGGGCAGAAGUCUCAGCCCAAGACGUGGCCGGACGCCUAGUAGGAGUCCUGUGCGGGCUCGAGCUCUGGACGCAAAGGGGCGAGGAGGCAUCCGCGGCAGAUCGCGCAGCCCGACGAGGUCAAGGAGUCCCAUCCGCCGCUCUCUCUCACCGAGGCGACGCUCCCCGAGCUACAGUCCGCGCCGUUCGCCUCGUCGGGAUGGACCGAAAGGUCUGCCUCGCGGUCGCAGCAUCUCUCGCUCGCCCUCACCUAAGCGGCGGCCGAGGUCUCCGUCUCCCAGGCGACGAUGA